AUGAGUGGGUUCAGAAAUGUUAUGAAAGAGGGCUGGAACCCUAAAGGCAAAGAUGGCAAAAAGGAAAGCUGGAGGGGAGAUUUCAAGGGCAUCAACCAAGUGGCGGGAUGGAUGGGCAAAGGGAAAGACCCCAAUGCUGAGCAAACCGAGCAUGUCUCACAACCACUGUCAUCUCUGAAGGAUCCGGCAUCUUUUGGGCCCCCGCCGAAACAUAUCAACUACCACGGUGCAGCUGCGCUGCCGAAUGAGACCACCCCGGAUCGACGUGGCCUCGGUGCUCCGUUAUCUCAGACUCAAAUCCAGCAACAGAAUGUUCAUCAGCAACAGGCAGUGGAGACGGUGCAAGAGGAGUUUGAAAAGCCCAAGCCACCACCAGUCCCUUACCGUGUGAAUACUACUGGGCUAUCUACGAACACCCUCCCAUCGCCGCCAGUGCGACGCCUCGAUUCCCCGAGCUCGGCGUCUGCCUCCCUUGCGUCCAAGCCAAAACCUCAACUUCCGCCCCGACUUCCGCCCCGCACCGACUCCCCCGCAUCAAAUUCUCCUUCCCCGCCGCCAGCCUAUUCUGCUACAGCAGCUACUCCUCCUCUUCCAUCCGCCUCCCAAGGAUAUAUCAACCAAGAGGCCACAUCGCGUCUUGCAAGCGCCGGCGUUUCGGUUCCCGCACUCGGGAUUGGCGAGGCAAAUGCUUCAUCCCGUGCAUCUGCGGGCAUACAUGGUACCGAUGUCAACGAACUACAAUCUCGCUUCUCGCAGAUGGGAACCGGUGUGAAAUCCGCUUCUGCAGCUCCCAGCCCACCCGUUCAAACCGCCUCCGGCUAUACCGGCUAUGCCGGGGUUGGAGACCCUCUUCCUCCGCCUCUCACAUUCCGCCAGCGCCAUGCAGACAAGAUUGAUGCGGGCAAGGAGAGACUGGGUGGGAUGACUUCGCGCAUCAACACCUUCGUUGAGGACCGCAAGUUCUCAGCCGCCGCCAAUAAACGGAUCCCGCGGCCUCCUGGUCCUAACUCCCCUGUUGCCCGUUCCCCGGCUCAACCAAGUCCUCCGUUAGAAACACAGGCCCAACGCAAGAAACCUCCCCCGCCGCCCCCCAAACGGGAGGAUAUGCGCGCGCCUCCCGCCAACGCAUCGCCAGUGGCUUCGGCAUCCUCCACGCCGCCGCCAGUGCCGCUCAAUACGAAACCUCGUUGA